CUCACUCCAACUCUGCUUCUUCUUCUCAAGCUCUCGCUGUCAGCCUCGGUAAUAUAAUGUCUGGAGGUCUGCUGUCCGCGGCGGCUCUGCUGUGUCUGCUGUCCGUCUGCUCGGCCUGCUACAUCUCAAACUGCCCCAUCGGAGGAAAACGCUCCGUUCAGGACUGGCCCAUUCGACAGUGUAUGCCGUGUGGCCCCGGGGAUCGCGGACGCUGUUUCGGCCCCAGUAUCUGCUGUGGUGAAGGCAUCGGCUGCUUGGUCGGCUCUCCAGAAACCCUGCGCUGUCUGGAGGAGGACUUUCUGCCUUCUCCAUGUGAGAUGCCUGGGAAAGCCUGCGGUUAUGAAGGACGCUGCGCUGCUCCUGGAGUCUGCUGCGACGCUGAGGGCUGCAGUGUGGACCAGUCGUGUGUGGAUGGAGAUGCUGAUGCUGCAGCUGUCAAUCAACCUGCCAACAGCCCAGAUCUGCUGCUGAAGCUCCUGCACCUGUCAAGCCACACCCACCCCUCCAGAAUCCACCAAUGAAACGUUGCAGAGCUGUGACAUCAUCUCAGGAGGAUCCGCCCACCCACCAUCUGACUCGUCAUCCACUUUUGUAAACCAACUUUGUAAAGGCGCUAGAUAUUUGUAAGGCUAGAUGUUCGUAGUACUGCACUGAUGAUUAGCUUGAUAUUAAACUAAA